UUCACUUUCUACGCAAAGUUAAUUUUGCACUUGCAACUUGAUUGUUUGAAGUUAGGCGUGAUGGCGUUGGUAAACAGAAGGUUCAGUUUUCUCCACAAAUUUCCGCAAAUCGGUGCCCGUAUGACAAGCAUGCUGCUCCUGAUGCUGGUCCUAUUUCAGGCGCCUCUGUAUUUCGCCAUAACAAGCCCAAAUUGGAGUGGUAUACCCGAAUUCUCGCGUCGUUUGGCCAUAUUCUCUACCAAUGUGUACACCACGCUGGUCGCGAAGAAUGCCAAUCAGAACAUCAUCUUCUCACCCUUCUCAAUCCAAACCUGUGCAGCCAUGGCCAGGAUGGGGGCUAAAGGUAACACAGCUGCGCAAUUGGAUCGCGGUCUGAAACUAAUUUCCAAUAAUAACGCGAUGAUUGCCGAUAGUUUCCAUAAAGUCCUUGCUACAUACGAAAAAAGUAACGUUCUUCGUAUUGCCAACAAGAUCUACAUCAAAACUGGGUAUCAGCUGAGGGACGAUUUCCGUUCACUAGUCUCCAAAAAGUUUCUAUCUGCUGUCGAGCCUAUAAACUUUGAAAACCAAAAAUUGGCUGCAGACCAAAUCAAUUCCUGGGUCGCAUUGCGAACUAACAACCUCAUAAAAAAUAUAAUUUCACCCAGUAUAUUAAAUUCGGAUACGCGAUUGUUGUUGAUCAAUGCAAUACACUUCAAAGGAAACUGGGUGCAUCAAUUCCCAGAGAUUAACACCAGGAAUCAACCUUUCUAUUUGAACGAUGCCAAAAGCAUCAGGGUACCCAUUAUGACGAUGACAAACCGUUUGAAAUAUGCAAACCUACGUGCUCUUGAUGCCGCUGCAUUGGAAUUGCCCUAUAAAGACUCUGACUUGUCUCUACUGAUCGUGUUGCCUAAUAGCAAUACUGGUUUGCCACAGCUGGAGAGGAAACUUCUCCGCUUUCCGAUUUCGCAGAUCACGAAGGCCCUCCACUUUGGAGAAUUGACUGUCCAUCUGCCCAAGUUCAAAACCGAGUUCGAUGUGGAGUUGACAGAUACCUUCAAAAAGUUGGGAAUGACAGAUAUAUUUACGCAUAGGGCUGACUUUAGCAGAAUGCUCAAAAGCCCAGAACGACUGCAUGUGUCGAAUAUCAUUCACAAGGCUUUUAUCGAAGUGAAUGAGAGAGGCACUGAGGCAGCUGCAUUCACUGCUUUAGGCCUAGAGGACAGAAUGUUGAAGCCUACAUUUAAUGCCAACCAUCCAUUUAAUUAUUACAUUGUCAAGGAUCACAAUAUGGUGAUAUUUGCUGGAAAGCUAGUAAACCCAACAAAAUAAAAUGGUAUAUACAUGAGAACUUUACUGUUGCGACUAUUAACAAGAUCAUCUAAUAUAACAUUUAAACGAAUUUGAAAAUUAAAUAUAUUGAACAUAUUUUAGUAAAAUGAA